GAGCCGGGGCACCCCGGCCAGGCACCGGGGGGACGGUCCCUCCGCCAGCCCCAGCCCCCCCGCAACAGCCACCGCCGGGGUCUCCGGGGCUGCAGCUCUGCCCGGGCCCCCAGGACAUGUCCAGCUGUCCCUGCCGUGCGAGGGGAGGAAACUGAGCCUCCAGAGCUGGUGGAUGCCAGGAAGGUAACAACUCCGAAGAAAAGCUUUGCUGUCCCUGCGCUGAUCUGAAAAGAAAAUUGUUUCCUGCUUGGGGCACCUGAGUCACGGCUGAGAACUACAUCAAAAGGGGUCAGAGCAAAGCCCACCCUGCCGACCUCUCUCCAGGGAGCAGAGGCUUAGAUCCACCUGAGACCCAAGCAAGGACACCCCACCAGCACCAGGAGGGCUCGUGCUCCCAGCUGUGCCAUCCCCUCCUCGAUGGCAAGGGUCCUGUCUCCCACCACUCUGGCCAUUUUCCUGACUUGCCUCUUCCCCGGGGCACACAGCCAGACUCCAAGGGCUUUCCAGGAGAGCACCAUCCCCUUGGAGGUGCUUAGCCAGGAGCAGGCUCACAGCCUGGUCCAGCAGAGCCUGCUCCAGGAUGCCAAGCUGCCCAACCACUCAGAGAGCCUCCCCAGGACCACCAGCUCGGAGCCCCCCCUGCUGCCCGUCUGUGUGAAGCCUGCAGAUAUCAGACACAUCUUCAAGUACAUCAACACCAUCGUGUCCUGCACCAUCUUCAUAGUAGGAAUCAUUGGGAAUUCCACCCUCCUGAGGAUCAUCUACAAGAACAAGUGCAUGAGGAAUGGGCCGAACGUCCUCAUUGCCAGCUUGGCACUUGGAGACCUUCUCUACAUCCUCAUUGCUCUGCCCAUCAAUGUAUAUAAGCUCCUGGCAAAGGACUGGCCCUUCGGUGUGCAGGUGUGCAAGCUGGUCCCCUUCAUCCAGAAGGCCUCAGUGGGCAUCACAGUCCUGAGCCUCUGUGCUCUCAGCAUCGACAGGUACCGAGCCGUGGCGUCCUGGAGCCGGAUCCAGGGGAUUGGCAUCCCCAUGUGGAAGGCAGUGGAGGUGGUGGUGAUCUGGGCAGUGGCCAUCGUGCUGGCCGUCCCCGAAGCCAUCGCCUUUGACAUGGUGGAGCUCAGCUACUGGGAGCAGCACCUCUGGGUCUGCAUGCUGGCCUCUGAGCAGAAGUCCAGCUUCAUGAUGUUCUACCGUGACGUGAAGGACUGGUGGCUUUUCGGCUUCUAUUUCUGCCUCCCCUUGGUGUGCACUGGCAUCUUCUACACCCUCAUGUCAUGCGAGAUGCUGAGCAAGAGGAACGGCAUGAGAAUUGCUCUGAAUGACCACAUGAAACGGCGCAGGGAGGUGGCCAAGACUGUCUUCUGCCUGGUGGUGAUCUUUGCACUCUGCUGGCUGCCCCUCCACCUCAGCCGCAUCCUCAAAAAGACCAUCUAUGACCAGACAGACCCCAACAGAUGUGAGCUGCUCAGUUUCCUCCUAGUGAUGGAUUACUUUGGGAUCAACAUGGCCUCCCUCAACUCCUGCAUCAACCCCGUGGCUCUCUACUUUGUCAGUCGGAAAUUCAAGAACUGCUUCCAGUCCUGCCUGUGCUGCUGGUGCCAGAGGCCGGCGCUGAGCAUCACUCCGACGGACGAGAAGGGCUCCAUGGGGAAGUGGAAAGCCCACGGGCAGGAGCUGGGGCUGGACCGGAGCAGCUCCCGCCUCAGCAACAAGUACAGCUCCUCCUAAAGCUGUGCCACCCGUGGGGAGUGGGCACCGUGCCUGGGGCAGGACCCCCUGCUCCUCUCCCACCACCCUUUCCUGGCCGGGCCCGAAUCCUUUUGCCUUCCUGUCGAAUCCCAGCUGGCAGGAGCUGCAGGACUUCACAGCCACCCCGACCCCCCCUGUGCUCCGGGCCACCUCUGGGGGUGGCAGAAGGGGAUUCAGAUCCUUGUAGGGUUGUUUCAUUUCCUUGCAGGAAAACCAAGUGACUUAGGGGCCAUUUGUGUCAGGUGGAAACACGGAGUGGGGAGAUGUGCACGGAAAGGGAAGGAAGGUUGAGGUGUGGUCACUUUGAGAUGGAUGCGGGAGGAGGAGGAGAGGGAGAGGACCAGGAGUGACAAUGUCCAGCUGAAGAAGCCAAAGGAAAGCUUUGAUAACAUCCCCUUUGGUGAGGCCCUGAGGAGCAGCACCCAAACACUGUAGAGCUAGAAUCCUGUCCUGGGGCCAGGCAGAGCAGCCAGGACCUGCUGAUGUCCCCGGGACAGACACCAGCUACAGGCUCACAGGGGAAUCCUGUUACCUUCGUUAACCUCCUGGGGCCCCAAGUCUGGUUUUAUGCUCUGAGAGCAGAUCUAGUCAUACCUGCAUUAGCAGCCACGCUCAGAUCAACAUCUCAGCCUUAAAUGGUUCAAAACCAACCAGUCUCAGAUCUGCCCAUUAUCAAUAUUGCAACAAACAGGCAGGAAUUCCUCCCAGCUCUGCUCACUGCCACCACUCACUGGGUGUCUCUGCCAGCGACUCCAGCCUCCCUUGCUAGAGCUUCCCCUGCUCUUCUCCUCCCAGAUGUCUCCUCUUAGAACCAACAUCCCAAAGUUUGACCAACUGCGAGCAGGAAGAGGAGAGGGGAGCUGAGAUCCCAGCUAGGUAUCUUGCAUUCUGUUGGCAUCCAAAAGGCACUUUCCCAGCCCUGCAAGGUCUCCCUUAGGCUGCAGCCAAGACCACGACCAGCCCGUUUCAGCCCAGAGGGAGAGGGCAGAGCACCAGGACAGAAGGAACGCCGGCACCACCUACCUUCAGCUGCUCAUGGAAGUGCAAAGGCAGCGAGCUCCCUGCUGCCAGCUCCCAUGGCAGGGGAGAGCUGCCCGGCCACGGCAGGCUCCUCCUUUCCCUGCUUCCUCAGGCGGAGGGUGUCCAGGAACAGGGUGAUCCCUGCAGCCCAGCUCAGGGAACGCGUCGCUGGCUCCAGCCGGCAGGUCAGUGACCAGCUGGGUUUCAAGAUCUUUUUAAAAAGCCGUUCUCCAGGACACCUGGGCUGAGGUUGAACCAGCUCCUGGGUUAUUCACCCCUCCAUCCUCCCCCCCCCCGCCCUGGGCACACUGCUUUCCUGCUUUUUUUUAUGUCUCCCUGUUGCUCGGGCUGGGAAAUUCUGCAAGCAGAACGUCCCCAGGGCGGUGCUUGCUCCUAGGCAGGGGGGUGAAACCCUCCCCAGCACCCCCGGGCACAGCCCCUGUCCCCCCACACCCCUGCUGGUCCCCAGCCCUGUCGCUGGAACUGCCCCGAGCCUCCAGCAGGAGGAAACCAGGCAGGUCGGGGGUGGCCAAAAGCAAAACCCCAGCAGCUGCCCGCGAUGGAGGAGGGACCAGGCUGGCACGGGCAGGAUGAAUCCAUCGCAGCAAACCUCGAGGCCAAGGAGCCUCAGGAUGAGCCGCAGGGCUCAGGGACCAACACAACCCCCUGCCGGCCGGUCAGAGACCGAGCCUGGCAGCUCCGGUUUGAAAGAGUGAUUUUUUUUAUAGAGAAAACCUGACAUCUUACAUCCUCCCCCUUAUUCCUCCCCGUGUUAAUAAAACAUGUUGGUGUUUGGAAGGAAAA